ACGCUCAUCAGAGUCUAUUUCACAGUACUCAUUUUCUUAGCAUUUAGGGUUUGGGAAACAACGAAGAGUGCUAGAUUGUUAAAUCAGUUCGACUCCGACCGUACUUCGUAGUAUAUUUGCUGAUAAGGUCACCAUCCAUUCAUUGCCUCUUGAUCGUGUGAGGGUGUCGCAUAAGACCAUUCAUGAGAGAAAAAGACAGGGAAAAAAAAAGGUCACCGUCCUGAUGCUGAAUCAUUGGCAUAUCCUGGUUGGCUACAAGAGACCGCGAGAUGUAAGAGAGUAUGCCGGACAUGAAGGGUUCAGUGAGUCCGUUUAUGUUUUUCAGAGAAUCUGGAGCGACCGUGUCGUGACAAUGCGGAAAGCUUGGGAGCUCUUGUCACUAGUUGAUCAGAUACACCUCUGGGGUGUAACAUAUUUCCGAAGUUCCAUUAUCCAAUGUUUAAAACAGUGGCAUGAGUUUUCGAGGAUGUGUUAUGCCAAUGAUGUUAUGUUUCUGAUCAGAAUGCUCAAAACAGACAGGUUCAUGCAAGAUGGAAAAGAAGACUUGCCGCAUCUUUGGCCUUGAGAUACGCAAAUUUCAGCUUCUGCACCCGUCCUCUAUUGGAGAAGGACUGUGAGGUCACAUAUGUACCGAUCCCGGGUUGAUA